AUGUCGGCGACAACAAGUGCGCUCCGGAGUUCCCUUCGGCGGAUAAGUUCGCGCACACGACACUCCUCGUCGAGCGCAACCGCAUCCUCAUCCAAGACGGCCCUAUCCACAACCACCACACUCCCCCGAAAGAAGUUGCGCGCCCUCGUCUCGUUGUAUCACCAAUCCGACUCCUUCAUCACGCCCGAGACGCUGUCAAAAGCCAUCGAUGAUGCGUUCAUCUACAAGACAGACUCUACUUUGUUGAGCCACGAGCAGUCGUACUGGGAGCUCGAGGUGGCCCUGCGUUUGCGGCAGCAGCUGCCCAGUAUCGGUGACGCGGACAUCUCGCUGGUGGACAGCGGCAGGAGGUCUCGCCCGUCAGAGAGUGGGGUCGGGUGGAGCUCCCAGAGGACGAUACGGGAGAACCAGGCGGUGCGCGCGUUGUUUGGUGUGGAGGACUACGCCAAGCCUGGCGCAGAUGUGUUGCUGGAGGAGGCGGAGAGGAUACAGGAAUUCAUCAAGAAGGACAAGGAGGCACAGGAGUAG